AUGACACCCAUGUCAUAUAAUUAUCCUGGUACCGAACAAGUACCUGAUGAUUACGAUAAAUGUGAACAAAUGACAAUUACAACUUGCACAUUUACUACAUUAUUGUGUGUUCCUACUUCCACUUCUACUUAUCCUCCUACUUUUUCUUCCACUUCUACUUCUACUUCUGUUUCUACUUAUACUCCUAUUUCUACUUAUCCUCCUACUUUUACUUCCACUUCUACUCCUACUUCUGUUUCUACUUAUACUCCUAUUUCUACCUAUCCUCCUACUUUUACUUCCACUUCUACUCCUACUUCUGUUUCUACUUAUACUCCUACUUCUACUUAUAUUCCUACUUCUACUACUACUUACAUUUUUGAUAAAAAUAUUUGUUGUGAUCUUGGUACUAUGAUAAUUGGUUCAUAA